GUCUCCUUAGAACCAGGGCUCUUCUGGCAGAGGCUGAGGCUCACCAGUGUCUUCUGGCCCCUCCAUGAGUGAGGCAAACCAAACCAUCGUGGGGCCCUCCGAGGUCCCCACGGCAUCUGCCUCUGGACUGGGCAGCGGGAUCCGGGCAUGGUUUGUGCUGGUAGGGGUCGUCCUGGGGGCCGUGGUCCUCUCUCUCCUCAUCGCGCUUGCUGCCAAAUGCCAUCUCUGCCGCAAAUACCGUGUCAGCUACCAGCACCGCCCACUGCCUGAAACAGGGAAGGGAGCUCACCCUGAGGUGGGCGAAGAUGAGGAUGAUGAUGGCUUCAUUGAGGACAAUUACAUUCAGCCUGGGUUUGGUGGGCCGGAGACAGGGGCAAGCAGGGACCACUUCUCCCUCUGAGUCUUCAUCUUUGGACUACCCCACCCCCCACCCCUAUGCUUGACAGCUUAAGGAGAGCAGAUAUUUUAUGGAAACCACAAGCCUCAGGGACUUGGUAGUUAGGGCUUAAGGGCUGACCAGGGGUGGAGUAAUCCUCCCUUACUCGACUCUAGUCACAAAAGUGAUCAUGACCCUCUUUUACUCAAUGACUCUCAAUGGCUCCCUCCUGCUCUCAGAAUAAAGCUUACCAAGGGUCUGACUUUGAAAUCAUGCCUCUGUUGGCCUUUGGUUACCCUUCUUGACUGUCCCUUCUUUACUUCCUGCUUAGUUAAUUCUUUGUUCUUCCUCCCUCUCCUACCAUGCUGUUUCUCCCUGGACCUUUGCUCACAGUCCUCUUUUGCCUCGAUGCCUUUC